AUGUCCACCGGUAUCCUCAAAGUCCAAGGUGACCAAGUUGUCGGCAACGAUAGCAAGCCUGUCGUGCUACGAGGAGCAGCGUUGGGAGGAUGGAUGAACAUGGAGAACUUCAUCACAGGCUACCCAGCCCAAGAAUCCCAACACCGCGCAUCAAUGCUCAAAGUCCUCGGCCAAAAAAAGUACGACUUCUUCUUCGACAAGUUCUUCACCUACUUCUUCACCGAGUCCGAUGCCAAAUUCUUCUCGUCCAAGGGUCUGAACUGUCUCCGCCUUCCCUUCAACUACCACCACUUCGAAGACGACAUGAAUCCCCGCGUACUGAUGGAAUCUGGCUUUAAGCAUCUCGAUCGCGUAGUGGAUCUAUGUGCGAAACACAACAUCUACACCAUCCUCGAUCUCCACGCUCUCCCUGGCGGCCAGAAUCCGGAUUGGCAUUCUGACAACGUGACUAAUUAUGCGAGUUUCUGGGAUCACAAGGAUUUUCAAGAUCGAGUGGUGUGGUUGUGGUGUGAGAUUGCGAAGCGAUACAAAGAUAAUGCGUGGGUGGCGGGAUAUAAUUUGAUCAACGAGCCUUGUGAUCCGAAGCAUUAUCGGUUGCCGCAAUUUUAUGAUCGGAUCGAGAAGGAGGUUCGUGCGAUUGAUUCAGAUCAUAUCCUCUGGUUGGAUGGGAACACAUUUGCCAUGGAGUGGAGGGACUUUGAGCAUGUACUGCCGAACACUGUUUAUGGCCUUCAUGACUAUUCGAUGAUGGGCUUUCCGAAGGGCAACAAGUACGAGGGCACGUCCGAGCAGAAGCAGCAGCUGGAGUCGCAGUUCUUGCGCAAAGCAGAGUUCAUGAGCCACCACAGUACUCCAAUCUGGAACGGGGAAUUUGGACCGGUCUAUGCCAACCCACAGCUUGACGCGGGCCAUGAAGAGGUCAACGCAGCACGGAUAGACCUCCUUGACCAGCAGCUGACCAACUACGACAAGUAUCGCAUCCAUUGGAGCAUCUGGCUGUACAAAGACGUCGGACUUCAAGGAAUGAUCCACACAGAUCCUGCCAGCAAAUGGAUGAAGACCAUCAGCCCAUUCCUGGUGAAAAAGCGCUUUCUGCAGCUCGAUGCUUGGGGCAGAUAUCCUAGCAAGCAAGUGGAAGAUGUGAUCAACCCUCUGGUAGAGUUCAUUGAUAAGCACAUUCCGCAGAGUAAGGAGCAGUAUCCCACUCCUUGGGCCACUGAGAGGCAAGUGAUCAGGAUGAUAAACCAGAUGUGGAUGGCCAACUGUCUUAGCGACGAAUUCGCUGGACUGUUCAAGGACAUGUCGUUCGAUGAGUUGGACGAAUGUGCGAAGAGCUUCCAUUUCGACAACUGCCUACAAUGUGAUAGGCUGAACCGAGUUCUCGAGGCCCAUGCAGCACCGCCCGACGCGGCUGAAGGGUGGCAACGGCCAAAGUCAGAAACAAAUGGGCAUACAGCUGUCAGACAGGAACUUCCAUGA